CAGCCUCUUCAUGAUGGACCCAAUUUCUAGACCAGUUACUGAGUUUUGCCUUGAUCUCUACAAAAAGCUCAACAGAAGUGCAGAGGACACAAAUAUUGUCUUCUCUCCUAUGAGCAUCUCUGUUGCCCUGGCCCUGAUCCAUCUUGGUGCAAAAAACAACACUGCUGCUCAGAUAGAAAAGGUGCUCCAUGUCAGGAAAGCUGCAGGAAGAAUGAGUCUUGGAUCUGAUCACGAGAGUGCAGCUCCAGAAGUGGAGCCAGAAGGAAGCCUGGAGAGUCAGCCUUCCUUAUCACAGUGUAACAAGGAGGGAGACCUUAACCAUAAAGUGUUCCAGGAGCUGCUUUUGCAACUACAAAACCUUGGUGAAAAAUAUGUUUUAGCCUUGGCCAACAAUCUCUUUAUACAACAAGGAUUUGAGCUCCAGCAGCAAUUUCUAAUGUGUAGCAAGGAACUAUAUGGGGCAAUGCUGCAAACAGUGGACUUUCAUGGUGCUGUUGAAGCUGCCAGAAGAAAAAUUAACGCUUGGGUUGAAAGUGAGACACAAGGUAAAAUCAAGGAACUCUUUGCACCUGGUGUGAUUGAUGGACAUGCACUGCUGGUGCUUGUGAAUGUAAUCUACUUUAAAGCAUCCUGGGAACGCAAAUUUGAGGAAGAAAAAACAGUUCAGAGGGAUUUUAAACUGAAUCAGAACAGAAAGAAACCUGUGCAGAUGAUGUAUCAGAAAGGCAAAUUUAAACUGGGCUACAUUGAGGAGGUGGGUGCUCAGAUCCUUGAACUCCCUUAUGCUCAGAAGUCACUGAGCAUGAUCAUCCUGCUGCCAGGGGAUGUGGCUGAUGGAUCUGUCAGUGGGCUGGAGCAGAUUGAAUGCACAAUCACCUAUGAAAAUUUAAUGCUGUGGGCCUCCUCAGAGAACAUGUUUGAAACCACAGUGGAGGUUUACCUGCCCCGAUUCAAGCUGGAAGGCACCUUUAACCUCAACGAGGUUUUACAAGAGAUGGGGAUGACCGACAUCUUCACUGAAUCAAAAGUUGACCUUUCUGCCAUGACGUUUGCAAAAUCUCUGGUGCUGUCAAACGUUGUCCACAAGGCUUAUGUGGAAGUCAAUGAGGAAGGCACCGUGGCAGCAGCUGGCACAGGAGCUUCCAUUGUGAGGAGGUCUCUGCCUCUCACAGAGGUGUUCAUGGCUAAUCACCCUUUCUUGUUCUUUAUUAGACACAAUCCUACCAGUACUAUACUUUUCUUUGGCAAACUCUGUUCACCUUAAAAUCAGGGCCGUUUUCUAACACUGUGAGGAACACCUGGAUGAAAAGCAGAAAUCGUAUUUUUCUCCCAAAUGCUUUCUUAAUCCUUUGAUAUCUAGUUUGCACUUCAAAAUAAUCACUGCAGCCAGUUUUGUUUAGUACCUAUGAAUCGAAUGCUCUGCCACUAGGCUCCUUGAAAUUUUGAUAUUGAUCUGAACCCAGAAUCGAGUAAAUUUUACAUUAAGCUCACUAGAUAUGAAUAACACUUUGUUUCCUUGAUGUGCACAUGUGCUUAUGGUGACAGUAGGGUUGAGGUGGGAGGGGACCUCUGGAGGUUAUCUGGUUCCCCUCCCCUGCAUGAGCAGGGCCAUCUACAGCUGGUCGCCCAAGACUGAGUCCAAAUUCCUUUUGGAUGCCUCCAAAGAUGGAGACUCCACCACCUGUCUGGACAACUCUCCUAAGUCUGUGUUAAGUUCUCAAAUAACUCCAAAGAGAAUUUUGUAUGCAUGGUGUCUGCAGGAACAGGAUACAAGCCCAUGUAUUUCUAAAGAUGGUUAAUUAUUUACAUAGUAUAGAAGUCUGUCUUUUAUAUGGGGAGAAAUCAAACUAUUUGUCUUAAGGUUUCAAAGAACAGGAAGAAAAUGCAUCCCGCUGAAGUUACCAAUGUGGAACACUGUAGUAAUGAAUUUCCAAGAAAUGUGUUUUCCUUUUCCCCUGUUGCUGAGUCGUGAAUUUAGGAGUUCUGAGAUGCAAGUCUGAGAGACAGAGCUCUCCAUGCUUUGAAGAAUGAGGAAAGGCUUUUUAAAGUGCAAUGUAAAUCAUGGAAAUCACAGUUAAACAUUACCUGGGAAUGCUUUUGGGAGAAAAAUUAAAUUUCUUUCCAGCUGACAGAGAGACAUUACUGAUGAUUUCCUGGUUUAACAUAAGUGACGUCUUCCUCAGAGGGAUGAGGUUUGAUAAAUUAACAUGUGCUUUUAAAAUUUAUAUAUAAUGGAGAAUCAGUGAAUAGCAUGUUUAAUGCGCAGAAUUAUAUAUUCAGGAAGAAGAUACAUUAAAAAUGGCACAUCUCUCCAAAUAGAAUAUAGUCUGGCUUUAAACUUGUACCUCCAAAAAGCCAUCUGAAAGAAAACUUCCCUAAUCCAAAAUGUGUAGGCAUUUUGUUUUCUCCUUUUGUAAAUUUUCUAGCAGCCAGCAUUUUCCUUUGCUUGCUCUGAACUAUCUUGAUGUGAGCAAUUGGAUGCUUUGCCCAUGUUGAAAUUCAGGAGCAAGGUAAGAUGAGGUGUAAAUUCCUGGAGAACAUCUAGUGAAUGGAUUCAAAGCAGACCUUGAGAAAGCUGCUCAGAGAGGUCUCCUGAAAAACCCCAUUUCAAUGACUAAUUUUUUUUUUCUGUUUUUUUUAAAAUUCAGAAUAGUACCUAACUUCUGUAGUGGAAAAAAUCAUGUUGCCCAGGAGGUGAAGGGCCUGUAUCCCAUAUCCUUGCUGAAAUUCAAGCCUGCAGCUCUCAAGAGAAUGCACCAAGUGCUCUCAGGCACUAGGCUUUAGCAUAGGCUGUAGGGCAAAACUGCCCACCUUCAUUUUGAAGUUCUUACAUGAGGGGGUGCAGCUCAAAGGCACCAGAAGAGAAUUCCAGGACUGGAUAAUUUUGCAGUUCAAUAACUGCAUUAUAGAUUAGUUCUGGUUUCCAGGGUCUGGUGUCAUUCCUGUUUUAGUCCAGCAAUAAAGGAAAAAAUUAUCUGUAUGUGGGUGUCUAUUUUAACUAGAAUGCUAUGGAAGAAUUUUUUUCUGUAUUUUUCGAAUAGCAUGAUUUUUUCUUCACUUUCUUAAUAUCUGCCUAGAAAAAACAUAAUAAAUGAAGUAGGUCAGCUGUGAGCUUCCUCUCAGCCCUUCAGAGAGUGCUGCUAUGCAGCUUUUUCAUCUGAAUCCUCGGGCAUGAAAUUAGAUAUUCUUAGUUAUGGGAUGGUGAGUCACAGCUUUUGUGUAAGAGCACUGCCACCUACACAUCUCCAAGAUUAUUUUGCAAUCCUCCCUCACUUGAGUGCUACAGUUUGGCAACAGAGUCCAGCUUUUCCACACACUUACUGACAGUUUUAAACAUGCUGGAAAAUCAUCCCCAAAGGACCUCUCUCGCCAAUCCUGAUGGAUGCCUUAUUUUCUUGUGCAAUGCCUCAUGAGGCAGGUAGCGUUUGGCACAGCCCUAUUUGCAGCUUGCAACCUCACAGCACCAGCUCUGUCUCCACUCAUACCCUGACAGCUCCUUUUCCAAGAGACCCCCACUGAAGCCCACUCUGCUGCCUCUCACUUCUUUCCCCUGCAAUCUGUCAGCACGAAGCUGUCCCAAAAGUGGGCCAGCAAUGACCAGUCCUGCCUUUUCCACAGCCUUCAGCUUGUCCAGUGAGGAAUCAUCUUACUAAAUUGUAGUGGGACAACCACUGUGGGGAAAGGCUUUCUCAAACUAGAGUUUCAUAACAGGAAAAGUCUCCUCAGUCUUUUUUUCAGAUUAUAUUCAUGCAAUCAUUGCAUGUUAUUUAGUGGGGACUUAGCUGCAUUUUGCUCGAUGGGUUUAACUGCUGGUCUUCUGUGAGAAAUGCAAUAUUCUGCCCAGAGCAGUGCUGAGCACAGUGCCUGUUGGCCUAAAAUACCUAUAUUUUAGGUUUUUUGAUUUUGUUUGUGUGUUUUGUUUUGCUCAGCCCACAGCCACUCUCCAGACACCAGGAGGAAACACUGUGAAAAAACUGACUGCUGCUUGUGAUGCAGAGCAGCAUGGUUGAAGGUUGAGUGCUUUGGUAGAGUGGAGCUAUUUCCUUGCUCAUGAAUGAUGAUGAAUAUGAAAGAUCCUGAAAGACAUGCCCAGGGGCUUUUGGUGUAUCUCUUGUACCCCAGACAGGAACGACUCCACUUUGCUGCCUUAUUUGCUUGUUGCUUGGUGCAAACCUUCCAGAGGUGCAGACUGACAACGACUGUGGAGCUCAACAAAAGCCUCAGGAGGCCAACAUACAUUUCAAGCCAUAAUCAUUGAUGCCUCAAGCUCCCCACACUGUUCUGCUGAAACAUGUGGGCUAGGCCUAGGGUGCAGGAAAUCAGAUCCAUAGCUGGAGUACAGCAGCAAAUAUCCAGAACUAAGAACCUCAGCUAUGCUCUCAUACCAGUGUCUAACUUCCUCUGGUGUUGUGGGAAAAAUCCACAUCCAGUAUGAUGUACUUCAGUGAGCCACAGUGUCUGAAGCUUGGUCAGAGCUUCUAAACCAUGUAGCAGUUUUUGCAAAGAACCCAGGAUGUUGACUGCAUGACUGUGUUUUACACAGAGUAUAGCCUUUAGAAAAAUAAAAAGGAGGAGAUUAAAGUGACUGUGGAGCUAGCUGGAGCAGAUAGGGGAAGAGUUUUCUUUGUGGAAGUCAAUGAAGAAGGAGCUGAGGCAGCUGCUGCUACAGGGGUGACCAAAAGAAUGCUUUGCCUCCACAAUUCCUCAUGAGUUCAGAGCUGACCGUCGUUCCUCUUAUUGAUCAAACAUAAUCCAAGCAAGAACGUUCUCUACUUUGGCUGAUGUUGUUCCCCCUAAGGGUAGAGCAGGUUCUGCUUCUUUCUGCACAAAGAGAGCACAAUACUGUGGUAAAAAGGAGUAAGGCAUGAAUAACAUGUUGCUAUCAAGUUCCACUGACAUUUCCUGAUAUCUAUAUUCUUGAACCCAAGAAAAAACACCACAUUGUUUCAGCAAGACAACUGGAAAAAUUAUAAUGGCCUUUCAUGUUUAGAGCUCUUCUCAAACCAGUGAACACACUUAAUGGAGCUUAUUUAAUUAUUGUUUCACUCUUAGCCUUGAAGACUCCUAUUGCAGUGGGGUUGUCUAAAGAGUUGGAUGAUGUGCUAUAUAAAUCAGAAAUCCAGCAUGAUGCCUUCUCUCCUCAGCCACAUGAGAAGGUUGAUGGUGGGACCACACUCCAAGAGGUGCUGCAGGCCUCUGUCCCCAGCCACCAGGUCCCAAGCCGGAGACAGGUCAGUGUUGAAUCCCCCACUUUACUGCCACAUGUCUCCAGGAACUCCAUCUCCAGUGCCUAAACACCACCAUGAGGGAAGGCCCUUGGCUGCCAUGAAGGCAGUGAAACCCACAGGUCAUAUUCACGUCCUGAGGGAGACUCCAUGCAGAUGUUGGGUAUGGAGAUAUGUAGAGAUUUGUCCCACAUUCUUCUCCUCAGAUACUCUUUCCAGGCCCUCUCUUUGGAAGUAGUAAAGUGUGGCAGCAAUAAAAGUAUUCAAAGCAUUUACUUGGUAUGGCUUUUUGAACUUUGAUUUGAAAGUUGCCUUAGGCACUCAAUCUUUUGAACCUCUG